ACUAUACUUUGGGGAAAGCAAAUUCUGUAUUGCAAUCAAUUAAUAAGUAAAUGAAUGUGAAGUCUGGCAGUGUUUCCGAAACAAUUGAAUAUUCAUCCGACAUUCAAUGCAGAUUGUCCCAUGGUGGAUGAAUUACAGAGAGUCCGCCACGGAUUCAAUAUCCAUGAGCGGGAGGGAUCAGUUCAGAGGCGAGGAGGAGGGCAACGAGAACACAGAAGGAGCACAAGGAGACAUGGUAGUCAUCCCCUCGUCUCCUCAAGUGACAUUAGAGAAGAAACCGACCACUGUGAAAACGUCCUGUUGCACAAAAUUGAUUGUGUUCUUAGGACUGUCCCUCUUAUUGGGCGCGAUCAUGGUCACCGUAGUCUACGUGGGAUUCUGGAUGCACAUUUAUAACACAGAAAAUCCCGGUCUGUUGUUUUUGACGGGAGAACUAUCCGGAAACGAGUUGUCCAACCAGACCGCUAUCAAAUCCCUCACUCAAGAAAAUGAGGCCUGCGAGAACGUGCCCAAUUUUCCCAUUGCCAUGAAAGGAGGCGUGAUCACCGUCUUCAACAAACGAGUUAAGGUGUGUGGAGGGAUCGACGCUCAGCGUCGCUACAUUCAAGAAUGCUACUCCCUCAACGAGCAAUGGACAUUCUAUUUGAACCUUGUGAUGGCUCGGGCGUUCGCAUCAGCCGUGAACGUGCCCGAAGAAGGAUGGUGGGUCACUGGGGGUGAAUCCGAACAUGGUGAGAUCCUCUACUCGACCGACCUACUGUCCAUCGAAGGCACCGAGAAAUUCGCUCCUGGUCCCAAUUUACCUCAGACCUUGUCCAGACAUUGCAUCGUCCGUAUGAAAGGCUCCAAGUUCAUGCUAGUGGGCGGUCAAUCCGCGUCGAAGAAUUUUUCGUCUCGUGCCUGGCUUAUGACUUUUGACGUCAAACGUCCGUGGAUCCCCAAAACUGACCUAAAUAUCCCCCGCCACAGUCACUCCUGCUUUUGGGAUGGAGGACAGGUUUUCGUGGCCGGCGGCUUGACCGCCAAUGGUCCCACUGACUCGGUGGAGAGCUUCGAUCCCAACAAGUACAAGUGGACUUUGCUCAAGGCUUUGCCGUUCAACGUCGUGGGAGCCGCUCUCGUGAUUUGGGACGAGAUCCCAUCGCUGAUUACUGGUGGAAAGGUGCUUCAAUGGAAAGGCGACACUUGGGAAGUGUCCGAAGUCGAAUUCGACCAAAAAGUCAAGUACGGCUUGGCCAUUAUCACGAAAAUCGACUGGGUGUGCCUAUAAAUGAACAUCCUCUUGAACAUCAGCACGAGAAGGAAAGGUUCGCGAAGGGAAAACUGAAGGACAACGACAUGAUGAGGAAGGAAACGAAUGCUUUUUAUUGUUUUUACCAUAUAGGCUUCCUUGCUAUAACGAUCUAGUGGACUCGUCUUCGUCGGGAUUCAUCGUGAUCCCCAGAGAGUGGAAACUAAUUUCUGGCGAUGGCCUGACUUCAUGGUGAUUAUGUUAGCCAUUCCGAUUCAAGGAGUUCUGCAAAGAAAGGCGGAUGAUCAACUUCGGGAUAGGGUCGAAUAAAGUUUGAUAUUGACAACCGA